AUGGCAGCUGUACAUCUGCGGAGGGCCCUGCAGAGAUCGGGACUUGGAGACGCCCAUCGUCGAGAUGGAGUUAGUCCUGGUCUCGCUCACGGACUGGCUAGCUCUCGCUUGGGUAUUCUCGAGAAACGUAGCCCUUCAUCCGUGUCGCCCCACGAUCUUUACCAGUGCUACUGGACCUGGAGUGCAUGCUCCUGUGUGACCAAGGAUCUAUCUGCAAACCAGCCGCAUCUCGGAGAGCCUGUCCUGAACCUCGCAGCGCAGUCCUGCCGCGUGCCUCGUUAG